AUGGCGUCGAUCAAACGCGACGAUAUCAAGCAGCAAUGGGAAGGGGACACAGAGUUUCCUCUAGUGUGUGAGACUUGUCUGGGUGACAAUCCGUAUGUUCGAAUGACAAAAGAAGCCUUUGGCAAAAAGUGUCAAAUUUGCGAGGCUCCCUUUACCGUCUUUGCUUGGCAAGCGGGGACCAAGGGUCGUUUGAAGCGUGUGGAAAUCUGUCGCAAUUGUGCUCAAGCCAAGAAUGUCUGUCAAGUCUGUAUUUAUGACCUUCAGUAUGGAUUGCCCGUCAAAGUACGAGACAAGGUACUACGAGAGAGUGGAUCCGCCUCUGCCGUCAUGGCGCCACCGCAAUCUCAAGCCAACCGAGCCUGGUAUACGGCCCAGCAAGAACGCGCUCUUGCACAAGGUGCUGCAGCCAAUACACCCAAUGCACUCGCACACGCCAAAUUGGCCGACAUGGCUCGUAUGGAACCUCGAUACGAACGCAAUCUGCCCAAGCUGUGUUCCUUUUUUGCCAAGGGAGAAUGCGAUCGAGGAUCCAAAUGUCCCUUUCGACACGAGAUGCCGCGCGACCGCAAUGACCCCAUGUCCCAACAAAAUACGAAAGAUCGAUUCUACGGGACCAACGAUCCCGUCGCCAAGAAAAUUAUCGGCAAGCAGAAAAGACGAGAAUUCCAUGAACAAAAACAAGAUGAGGAAGAUGCCUACGAACGUGCCACCGCCACGGCAUAUCUGCGCUAUGUGGGCGAUCCUCCGUUCCCUGUAACCACCGAAGAGGAUAUACGAGAUCAAUUCUACGCCUUUGGAGAAAUUCUCGCCGUACGAAUCCAACCUGACAAGGGACAAGCGUUUGUUGAAUACAGUCAACCCGAAGCGUGCGAAUUGGCCAUUGCCUCGUUGAAUCGAAAAAAUCUGCUCGAACGCAUCAUUCAGGUCAAAUGGGCGCGGGCACCCAAACGAGGAGAAGUCUCGGCCGAGAGUAGUCCCAAUAAACCGCACAACAACGCACGUCACAACAACCACAAUUCACCUCCCAAAAUAAUUCGACCCGUGGCACCGCCCGGUGGACUCUCCCAUACUAAUAAUAAUAAGGUGGUCCCAAAGGGAUUAUUAGCCGCGGCCGUCAAGAAAGUGACACCCUCGGCCGAAGUGGUGGCCAUUGCGGCAGCAAGGAAACAGACUGGGGGCGCGACCGCAUUCGCGCGGCCACCGGGUGUCUCCAGUGCGCCUCGGCCGGGUGGGGGUGUUCUACGGGGGGCGGGAGCCAAGCGAAACAAUGGCACUUGCUCCAAACCAUACUAUCCCAGUGCUUCUCCCUCCCGACUGGGCAGUAAAUCGUCCUCGUCAUGA